AUGCCACAAACCAUCCUUCCUGCAAUAAUUCCCGCAUCAAUUGUUUUGAGUUCAGUACCGCAAUUAAACGAUGACACUUAUUCUGGUGCAAUCAAAGAAGCGCUCUCGAUUGCAGGAUUAUGCUUAUUUUCACUUCGAAAUGACUUACCAGUAUCAAGCGCGUCUCUAUCAUGGGUAAUUGUAGCAUCAUUAUCAUCCACAACUCUGGCUGUCUUUGCAGGUCUCUCUUAUACUAGCCCCCCGAAAGAUGUCCAACAACCCGGUCCGGGUGAAACGCGCUUGUAUUCAGAACCAGUACUUUUCCGCUGUAGAACGCAUCACACACGUUUAUUCCCGCAGCGACAUUCACUUGCCUAUUCGGUUCUACAAUGUGGAAUGCCACUGAAGUUCAAAGGCUCGGUAGGGCGUUUGUUCUCGUUCAGUAACGGGCAUAAUAAGGAUAAGAAAUGGUCCCUGUUCGGCGUGGAUUCGAGGGAUUAUCUGAGGCGUGGAAAUGAGACGAUGGAGGAGAAAAUGAAAGUAUUUCUGGCUGAAAAUGACAUGAAUCUUAAUGACUACCCUACAGUUUAUCUUAUUACAGCUCCACGAUUUCUGGGAUAUCAGUUUAAUCCUGUGAGCUUCUGGUAUCUGAAAAACAAAGAUGGAGUGUUGUCCCUGGUGAUUCUCGAAGUAAACAAUACUUUUGAUGAGCGGUACAUUCAAAACUUCUCCAAAGAGUUUCAUGUAUCGCCCUUCAACGACCGAACGGGGAAAUAUAAUGUCUUGACUCGCGACCCUCUCUCUGAAAAAGAGGAUUCCAAUGGAAUUGUAAACACUACAAUAACUCUCUACGAUGAUUUCGAUAAUAAGAAGCUCAUCGCAGGUUUACGCUCUGUGGCACCUCCAAUAUUUCUUUCAGAGCUUUCGACAUCGGUCAUAAGUUCUACAGUUUUCGUGAUAAAAUAUGGAUGGAGCGGCUUGAUCACGUUUCCCAGGAUUGUAUGGGAGGCGGCAAAGUUGUUUGGUGUGAAGAGACUAAAGGUCUACCUUAGACCAGAGGUGAAGAGAAAGACAAUCAGCCGGAAUGCAACCGCGCUGGAAAUUGAACUAGAGAAAUAUUUCAGACUGUACCUUCGUAUUAGAGUUGAGAAACAUCCUGUCCCGACCAUAAUACAUUACAAUUCCGCCGGAAUUGGGAAUCUGCCUCAUAAAGAGACAUUUAAAUCCGCUGAGGCAGCAGCCAUGGUACCCGAGAUUACCUUCACUGUCCUUAGUCCCAGGUUCUACACAGUCUGGGCGGCAAACUGGUCUAUACAAGAAGUUUUAUCUGCUGAAGAAUUAAAGCCAGAACAUAAGAAGAUUGUUGAGAUAUCUGAUGUUGUUCGAGUUACAAAGCUUUUGGAUCAUACGCCUCUGGCGCCAUGGAAUAGGAAAUACCACGGACGGGCACUUACGUGGCCGCUCAUUAAAAUAAUGAGAGGGCAAAAGCCUUCUGCUUUGGAUCGGCUUUUGACAAAGGAUCUCCAGAUCCUCAAUGCACCCAAGGUUGACCCUAUAGGAUAUAGUAGAUGUGUUUUGCAAGCAGUGCUGACAAUGAGAAUUUUCUAUGGGGAUGAGAUGUGGUUGGGGGCUUAUGAUCUGGCUAUUAGAGGGAUUCUAGUGUACUUUGCGUGGAGUGGAUUCAUGGAGGCUGGAGGUUUUGCUUUGAAGCCUUGGGGAGCUAUUGGGGGGUUGAUGGUGUGGAGGAUUGUGAAGGAUUUUAUGUAA